AGUGACAGUGCACGGACGGGGGGGAUGACUCGUGAGUUUUUAUUGAGGAGGGUUGACUUCACUUGAGGGUCGGAAGAGACACGGCCAUGCUGCAGCCGCGGAUGUUCCAGACUGUUCUCCAGCAUUUUUACCCAGAGACUCAAGGAGCCCGCAGACGGCUGCUGUUCGGGGUUUCCCAUGCGCUGCGACACGGACACAGAUCUGGCCUGCACCAAAGCAAGGCAGCGUUUCAGAAUGCGAGGGAACGGACUCUUAUUGCGGUCAAACCAGAUGGGGUUCAGCGUCGCCUUGUCGGACAGAUAAUCCAGCGCUUUGAGCAAAGGGGGUUUAAGUUGGUCGGCCUAAAAAUGGUCCAGGCGUCUCACGAUAUCCUGUCGGAGCACUAUGGUGAUCUGAGAACGAAGCCUUUCUUCCACAGUCUGCUGACUUAUAUGUCUUCAGGACCUGUAGUUGUCAUGGUAUGGGAAGGUCACGAUGUUGUCCAGGGAUCACGAAAAAUGGUGGGACAAACUAACCCUGCUGAAGCGCCGCCCGGCACCAUCAGAGGAGAUUUUAGUGUCCAUGUCAGCAGGAACGUGGUCCACGCCAGUGAUUCACAGGAAGGAGCUCAAAAGGAGAUCCAGCUGUGGUUUCAAGCUAAAGACCUCCUGGACUGGGAUUGCUGUGACCAGACUUACACCACAGAGGUGUGAGGAACCUGCAGCGCUGCCUUUUCUCCUGUGGGUUUAGAGUCUGUCUCUUUUUGACAGUGUGACCACAGCAAUCGAAAUUAUGAGCCAUUUUUAGUGCUCUGUCUUAUAAUUUAUAUCAUUAAGCACACUCAAAAUUUAAAGAGUCUAUCUAAAAUGUAGAUUUCAUCAUUUUUAAAUGCUUAAAAACAAACACAAGCUCAGCUGCCUAUGUGUUUUAUUGAUCUGUUGCUAUUUUAACUGCUCCAAACCAAAAAAAAAACUAAAAUUAUAUUCACCAAAGUCCUUUCA